CGCAGACCCCCCGUCCCCCCCGAGAUGAAGCUGCUGGCUGCUGCCCUGCUGCUGCUCUGCGCCUGCUGCCUCCAGGCCGCCCUGGUCAGGCGCGAAGCCCCCCCCGAGGAGGCUGCCCCCCCCGAGGAGGCUGCCCCCCCCGAGGAGGCCGCUCCCGUGGACGUCGAUGGAUUCUUCACCCGUUAUUUCCCGUUCUUCUCUGUCUUCAUGACCGAGCAGCUGCCCCAGAAGCUGCAGGCGGAGAAGCUGCGCAGCCAGGCUGAGGCUUACUUGGACCGGGCCAACAAGCAGCUGGCGCCGCUGGCCCAGGAGCUGCGGAACAACAUCGACAGCCUCUUCUCCUCCGUGCUGGAGCUGGGCAAGGGCGAGAGGCAGCCCUGAGCCCCGCCAC